AUGUCUACGAUGAAGAAGACUGGUGUAAUCCAGCGCCUCGGCUUUGGAGGCGCCGUCGAAUUCGGAGGCGGGCGCCUCGUGAUCCGCCUGCCGGACCGCCGCCUACUCCGCCUCGUCGCCCGAUCAGUGCUCCUGGCCGCCGUCAUCUUGUCCUUACCCUGGCUACACGCCGACAUAUUCUUCCGCGGCGGCGACGUCGGCGGGAUUGCCGAACGCCAGGGAGCCAUCUACGGCGACGCUACCUUCCUCCCGAGUCUCCUCCACGAUAUGAGCCGCCGCGGCCUGCUUCGCCCCGGGGACAACGCUGUCUUCCUCAACGACCCGAUCGCAGGCGAUCGCAGCACCGCGGUGCCCGAUGGCUCCGCUGACUUCGUCUUCUCCGCCUCCGCCGGCGAUUUCGAACACAUCGACCGGAUCCUCAAGAUCGGCGGCGUCGCUGCCGUGCGAUGGAGCCGAAAUCCAUCGGAAACCUUUACCCCGCCGGCGAACUACCGCACGGCCUACGUCGGACGAGUCGGCUCCGUUACCGUGUUGGCGAUGAGGAAGUCCUUCGCGAACGGCCGAGGGCUGAGGCUGCGGCGGCUGCUGUCGAUGCCGGUGGCGAAGAAGGAAGCCCUGAGCGGGCUGGAAGGCGCCCUGCUGGAGCCACCGGAACCCGGGCGACGGGGCUGGCAGCGGAGGGCCAGGUACCUGCCGGAGCUGACGAGGGACGAGCUGGACGGGUACCCACGGCGGGUGUUCGUGGAGGUCGCAGGGGCGGGAGAGGCGGGCAGCGGAGCGGCGUGGUUCGAGCAGAACUACCCGCGAAAGGGCCGGGCCUUCGACGUCAUCCGGGUGGAGGUUAUGGAGAAAGAAAAUAAGGAUACAGACGAGGCGGAGAAGGGGGCGUCGCCGUCGCUGGCGGAGUGGCUGGAGAGGAACGUGAAGGAGGAGGAGUACGUGGUAGUGAAGGCGGAGGCAUCGGCGGUGGAGGAGGCGGUGGCGGAGGGCGCGAUCGGUCUCGUCGAUGAACUCUUCCUGGAGUGCGACCACCAAUUGUGGGAGGACGACGACGCGAAGAAGGGGGAGACGCGGGGCGGGCGGCGGGCCUAUUGGGAGUGCCUUGCGCUUUACGGGAAGCUGAGGGACGCGGGCGUGGCGGUUCACCAGUGGUGGAGCUUCUAA